AUGCCACCCACCAAGACUCCCGACGAUGAUAUCGAGAGCGGCCAAAGCGAGGCAACCACCAUCAACGAGGAGACACCGCUCUUGAUAAGCCAAGAUGAUGAUCACCGAGCAGGGCCGGAUAAUGAUACGGUUGAAGACGCAGAACAGAAUGAGGGAAGCAGAUAUACCCGCAGCUACUUCGCGUGGAGGAUAUUCUGGGCCAUUGCUGCGAUUACUGUGACAGCUGUCUUUGUCAAGGCUUGGAUCGAUGAUGGGGCGGAUGUCAACUUCGAUUUCAAGGGUGCUCUCAAACGGGCUCUAGGGGGUGGUAUAAGUGGUGCUGCGGCUAUGGUGCUUCAGGUGUUGCUUUUGAUGCCUUUGCGAACGAUCAUGAACUACCAAUACCGCUUCGGCACCUCGUUCACCACUGCGACCAAGACACUUUACCGUCAAGGCGGUCUCCGUCGGUACUACGACGGGAUGGGAGCUGCUCUCUUCCAAGGACCAGCAGCCCGCUUCGGCGACACCGCCGCCAACGCCGGCAUCCACGCCCUCCUCCAAUCCAACUCCUUCCUCAAGCAUCUCCCCAUCACCAUCCAAGAUAUUUUUGCCUCGCUCUGUGCCGCAGCAUUCCGCAUGAUCUUGACGCCCAUCGACACCCUCAAAACCACGCUCCAAGCUCAAGGACCCCGGGGCACCGCCAUCCUCCGACAGCGCAUCAAGACGGACGGCGUCGGAAGUCUCUGGUGGGGCGCCUUUGCGACGGCCGCUGCGACGUUCGUGGGAAACUACCCCUGGUAUGCCACGCAUGAUUAUCUGCUGGAGAUCAUACCCGAGCCGGCGAAGCACCCGUUGGGCAUCUGGUUGCUGAGACUGGCGUUUGCGGGGUUCGUGGCGAGCGUGGUGAGCGAUUCGGUGUCGAAUUCGUUGAGAGUGGUGAAGACGUAUCGGCAGGUUAAUGACUCGAAGGUUUCUUAUUCCGAAGCAGCGAGGUUGGUCAUUGUCAAUGAUGGCAUCAAGGGCUUGCUUGGCCGCGGGUUGAAGACGCGGAUUCUGUGCAAUGGUCUCCAAGGCUUGAUGUUUUCCAUUUUGUGGAAGCUGUUCCUUGAUCUGUAA